AGAAGAGGCUAGAAUUAGCCAGAAUUAAAAUCAGUAAUGAAACUCUGUCCAAAGACACUGCUUCUCAGCUUACCUGUGCUCUGGGUUCUGUUGUUAUUUGUUUUCUUUUGUCUUUAAUUGAUGAAGCAAGUUGCAAGGGCAGGAGGGGAAGACGAAGGUGACUAGAGGAGGGGAAGGCAGGAGGGGUUAUAGUCUCCUGAGUACCUGUCAUCUCUGUGACGUGCGCAGCCGGCUCUAGUUGUAUUUUAAAUGAAAUCUCAACCUAAUGUAGACACUACGUCUGGAAUUACGAUCCACCCUGUGAUCUGUCACUUUUACAUAUAUGCACAGGGGAGUGGAGCUGUUUCCAUAGAGAGGAACUAUCACAGCCCACUAGGAACGGUACCAGAGAAGACAAAGCUGCGACCCUGAGCAGUCAGAAGUUCAGAAGAGCUGCGGGGAGUAGCCCUCCUGGCCCGGACUCUGUGCCCCUCGCCCCCGAGCAUUUCCACUCCAGAGCAAAGUCCACUUACAGGGAGCGAUGCUGACGCCCACCUACUUCCUGCUGCUGUUUCUGCUGCUCCUAGGAGGUCCAAGGACAAGCCUCUCCCACAAGUUCUACAACGCUGGACCAGUCUUCAGCUGCCUCAACACAGCCCUGUCUGAGGUCAAGAAGAACAAGCUGGAGGAUGUGCCCUUGCUGAGCAAGAAGAGCUUUGGCUACCUGCCCACACAAGACCCCUCAGGAGAAGAAGAGGACGACCAAAAGCACAUGAAGAUCAAAAGAACUUUCUCAGGUGCGGCGGGUGGGAAUGGAGCUGGAAGCACCCGGUACAGAUACCAAUCCCUAGCACAGCACAAGGGGAAGCUGUACCCAGACAAGCCCAAAAGUGACCGGGGCACCAAGUUCACCCUGUCCCUUGACGUUCCCACUAACAUCAUGAACAUCCUCUUCAACAUCGACAAGGCCAAGAAUUUGCGAGCCAAGGCAGCUGCCAAUGCUCAGCUCAUGGCACAGAUUGGGAAGAAGUAAAGCAAAGCCCAGGCAUGAGGGUGGCACAUCGAGACAAGAGCCCCAGCGUAGAGUGUGAGGGAAACCGAGGACAUGCCCUCGAAUGUCAAAGGACGGUCCGUUUUCCCAGGCUGCUCCACUACUGAGCCCCUCUGAUCCUCUCUUGCUUCCAGUCCGGUUUCCCUUCUCUGUACAUAGACACUCAAGCGCAGUAUUGCUCAGCCUGUACCCUCAAUGGAGGUUAACGUCUCUCCCCGUAUCCUGUGUCUGCUUUCUGGUUCCCUGUCACAACAGACAAUUUCAUGUGGUGCCCCUCCUUCCCAAGCUCCUCCCUGGUGUCCCCGUGUCUGCAGAGAGAGCUUUCGGGCUCCCUCCUUGUCCCACAUUGGUCUAAGCCUCGGCAGAGACACGGAGAUGCACAGCUCACCCUCUUGAUAGCAAAUACCUCCCCUACUUCCUCAUCUGGAUUAAAGUCAGUGGCUUCUGGAA